GCAAGAUGUUCCGCCUGCUGAACGCACUACUGAUCGCCAUCGUGCUGGUAGCCCAUCCCGCUUGGUCCGCUCCGGAAUGCGGCCGUACUCCGGAGGAGUGCAGGGAGCACAGGAUGCAUCCGGAUAUGCCGGAACCGGAUCUACAUAGCAAGGCAUUCCGGGUGGUUGAUGCCGAGGAGACCAACGCCUACUGGCGCCAACAGGGAGCGGAGUUUGUCCAACAGAAGUUGGCUUCUGAGCCCAAUAAGCGCCAGGCCAAGAACGUGAUCCUUUUCCUCGGCGAUGGAAUGGGUGUGACCACCACGUCAGCGGCUCGCAAUCUCUUGGGCGGCGAGGAGAAGUCCCUGUCCUUCGAGAACUUCCCCUUCACGGGCCUCUCGAAGACCUAUUCCGUGGAUAAGAUUGUGCCCGACUCUGCUUGCACGGCCACUGCCUAUUUGUGUGGCGUGAAAGGUCAGGAGGGAACCAUUGGCGUGAAUGGCCAGGUGCCCCGCACCGACUGCAAGGUCAUGCUGGACGAGAGCACUCACGUCGACUCCAUUGCCAAGUGGGCCAUGGAUGCGGGCAAGUGGGCGGGUCUGGUGACCACCACCCGCGUCACUCACGCCUCGCCCUCUGGAGUGUACGCCCACAUCGCCGAGCGCGACUGGGAGAACGAUGCGGAGGUGGCUACCGACUGUGGAGCAGGCUCUGGAAUCAAUGACAUUGCCUAUCAACUGGCCCGCGGCGAGGUGGGCAGCAAGCUGAAGGUGAUCAUGGGCGGCGGACGCAAGCACUUUGUGGACGCCAGUCUGGAAUCCUGGGGCAAGCGUACCGAUGGACUUAACCUCAUCGAUGAAUUUAAGUCAGCAAGCGAAAAAAAUGUCUAUGUGACCACAGCCGCAGAGUUGGCUGCCGUGGAUGUCACCAAAACGGAUCGCCUCCUCGGUCUCUUCAACGACGAUCACCUGCAGUACCUCAUGGAGACCACAGCAGAGAGCAGCCAGCCCACUUUGGAGCAGAUGACCCGCAAGGCCAUCGAGUACAUGAGCCAGAACGAGCAGGGCUACUUCCUCUUCAUCGAGGGCGGUCGCAUCGACCAGGCCCACCACAUCAACCAGGCGCGAAUGGCUCUGAACGAAACUAUCGAGUUCUCCAAGGCCAUUGCCGCUGCCCAGGAGCUGACCAGCGAGGAUGACACCUUGUUGGUGGUCACCGCCGAUCAUUCACAUGUGUUCACCUACGCAGGAUACUCGUACCGCGGAUCGGAUGUAUUUGGAAAGACCCCCGUAAAUGGACACGAUGGCAAGCCAUACAUGGUGCUGAGCUACGCCAACGGACCGAGUUACGAGAACUUCUACGACGCGGAGACGUUGGAGCGCAAGGAUCCCACCACGGUGGUGAAGGGAGCCCACGACGAUGAGUUCCCCUCGGGUGUGCCCGUCGACAUGGACUCCCACGGAGGAGACGAUGUGCCCGUCUACGCGUUGGGUCCCUGGGCGCACCUGUUCACCGGAGUCUACGAGCAGAGCACCAUUCCGCACAUGAUGGCCUACGCAUCCUGCGUGGGCGACGGUCAUACUAUGUGCAAGUAGGCUGGGGACGCAGAUGGUGUAAGGUUGCCAUGCCGCCUGGUUGUAACAAUUAAGUUUGAAGCUCAUUAAAUCCAGUAAGCUGCAUUUGCAUUUGCCUGCACUUGAGUUUAUUAUGCGAACGCAAA